AGAGAGAUUUGCGUAAAUCAGGUUGCCGAAACUCUGGAGUCUGAACUGAAGAAGUACCUCGAGGAACGAGCUCCAUCGAGGGUGCAGGGAGAGAAGAACCAUAUUGGUCGAUUGUCUGCAUCUGCAUCUGCAUCUGCAUCUGCAUCUUCCUCGGCGUCAUCAGCAAAAUCCUUCGUUUCAUUAUUUCUCAACGACGAACAAGCGUAA